UUCUGCGACAACAGCCUUCUGUGGGCGUGGCCUCGGUGACAUCAGCAACCAGUUGGAGUCUACGGUCUGGUUCGAGCUGACGGACGCUUAGUGCUUAGCUAACUGCCGAAAAUAAAAACAGCUAGAGCCGCAGUUUGGAAUUCAAGAGAGCCUACAGGUGCAGUCAUCCAAUCAAAGAUCUCUUCAGAACCGAUUCCACCAUGAACGUGUUUGACCGCAACAUCAAUAUUGAUGCUCUCUUCAAGUUCUCACAAAUUUCUUAUUCCACCCAGGUGCACUUGAAGAACGUGUACUCCAGUCUGGCAGUUUGCAUGUUAGUGGCUGCAGCUGGAUCCUAUGUCCAUGUUGUCACGCGUCUCUUUCAGGGCGGCGUGCUGUCCGUGCUCGGCUCUGUGGGGAUGAUGUUGUGGCUCGCCAUGACUCCUCACAGCCCUGAGACGGAGAAGAAGAGGCUGGCUAUCCUCGCAGGCUUUGCCUUCCUCACAGGACUCGGACUCGGCCCCACGCUGGACUUCAUCAUUGCUGUUAAUCCAAGCAUCAUCGUGACAGCUUUUAUGGGAACCUCGGUCAUUUUCAUCUGCUUCACCCUGAGCGCGCUCUACGCCAAACGCCGGAGCUACUUGUUUCUCGGAGGCACUCUAAUGUCGGGUCUGUCCGUCCUGUUCCUGAUGUCCCUGAUCAACAUGUUCUUUGGGUCUGUGAUGCUCUUUAAGGUGCACAUGUACCUCGGCCUGCUCGUCAUGUGCGGUUUCGUUCUGUUUGACACUCAGCUCAUCAUUGAGAAAGCAGAGAGCGGAGAUAAGGACUACAUCUGGCACUGUGUGGACUUGUUCCUGGAUUUUAUCACCAUCUUUAGAAAACUGAUGGUCAUCCUCGCCAUGAAUGAUAAGGAAAAGAAGAAAGAGAAGAAGUAGAGCAUGUUCCAGUAGCCAGAAUUUUCAGAAUCAAGGCACACCCUACGAUGCACUUGGUGCUUUCUCUUAGUCUUCAUUUGUUGAUUUAACUCUGUGGUCUUAUUAUAUUAUUGAAGUUUCUUUUACUUUUCAACCUGCAGAGGUUGAAUGUAGUAAGUUUAAGGUUAACUCUCGCUGGAGCGCCUGUUGACUGAGUGGAAUAUGGGCAUCCUGCAGUGAUCAUAAUCUGCCUGUAGGGGGAGCGUUCCCCAGUGGAGGCUCUCAGAGCAGGACUAUUUUCUUAUCUACUGUUUCGUGCCAUAAAAGAAGAAUGAGAGGCUCCUCACUUCCUAGACUGAUGCUUUGAAGUUAUGGUAGAAUCUUCCUGAAUUCCCUGAGUUGUCACCAGGUCUGGCUUAAGAUCCUGCUUUGAGUUUCUUGCAGAUGAUUUGUUGUCACUACUAGUUUUAAUAGCUUUGCUUUAAAAGAAGGUGUGAUCAUCAUGAGGGAUGUGAAGCUGUUUGUGGGUUUUCAUUCCAACCAGUCAGCAGUCAACUCCACAGACGAGUUAAUGACUUCUCUGGCUGAGGCAACUGUUUGGCAGCAAAUCCUGCAGACUCCUUCAUGGUCAGAUUCCCCCGUCCCUGACCCACUUCCUCAGGUGGAUUAAAGACCACUUGGUGUUCAGGUUGUUGGAGGACCAUCUGUUCAAACAUCUCAAAAGAUCAGUUUAGAUUUUAGGUUGCCAAAUGUGAUGUCAACAUCCUCGCCCCCCCCCCAAUACUGUGAAGAAUUUAUUUUAUUGAUGUAAAAUUGAAACUAAUAAUUUGAUACAUUUUUGCUGAAAUAAAUGUGUUGAACAUACUGAGA